AACUUAACUCGACCUUUUUCCCAAACAAGAACCACGGGGAAGAAAUUGGUAAAUGUAAAUAUUCGCACCUUAGAAACCAUAAUUCAAAAAGUUAAAUCAUGGCUCCAUUUAGAAAGCAAAGAAAAGUAGAAGAAGAAUUUUCGAGUGAAUCUGAUAGUAAUUCAGAGGCUGAAGAAAUGCAAACUGAACCAAUUGAAACAAUUCAAGUAGAUUUUGAUGUCAAAGUUCCGGAGCCAUCAGAUUUUCAUGGAAUCAAGAACCUUUUACAUCAGCUUUUUCUCAAAGCACACAUCAACACUUCAGAACUUACUGACUUGCUUAUACAGCAGAGGAAGAUUACAGGUGUUAUUAAGCAAGCAGUUGAUGAUGACAUGGAAGCUGAUGCCGAUGAUGAAGAGGAUUUGGAUGUAAACUUUGGUGUAUUUUCAGUUGUUAAUCUUACAGAAAAAAAUAAUUUGAACAGCAUAAAUGAAAUUAAAACAUAUCUUUUGAGUCACUGUAAAAAAGCUGCUUCUGAUGAAGAUUUCCAAACGUUUCAAAGAAUUUUAGAUGAUAAAAAAAAGCAUGUUGGCUUAAUCAUCAGUGAACGUAUGGUUAAUAUUCCUCCUAAAAUUGCAGUACCCUUAUAUUCAGGACUGAGUUAUGACAUGGCAAAGGCAAAAUCCAAAGGAGAGGCCUUCGAUUUUGAAUAUUUUAUUCUCAUUUGCAAAAUUGUUGUCUUCAAAGAAGGUAAACCACAAGAAAGUGUAAUGUAUGCAAAUGGGGAAGAAGAACUCAUUGCCGAGGUGGCUACCUUACGUUUUGACUUCUCCGUUUCUGCAGAGUUAGAUUCUGGCUUAGCUGGUGGAUGGACUGAUGAAAGCAGUGAAGGGCACAGAAAACGAAGAGUGCUAGUAUUCCCUGCAUCACAAUGGGAUACAAUGUAUAAUAAACUGGCACAAGAGAUUGGAACCUAACUUAGUAUAAAUAAAAUUAUCAUCAAUAAUAA